AUGAAAUCCCGACUACCAAGGUCAGGGGGACUUUUGUUCAGCCCGCCUUCUACCCUCAGCAAGAGAGCAACUUCUCGUCGUUAUACUGCGCCUUCAUCACCUACAACCUCCGCACCUUCUCCGCCGAAAAAGCGACUAUGGCUUCGACUGACGAUUGUCACUGCAACCGCGGCAGGAAUCGGAGCCUAUGUUAGAUCGCAACAAGGCUCAGAGUCGACAACUCUGAAUCCCGUCACCUUUACCAAAUACCGUCUUUUCGCAAGGGAGCCGGUAUCGUCGAACGGCAGCAUCUUCACUCUGAAACCACCCAAGCCCGACGACAAUCGCGAAGUCUACGAAGACGCAUGGAAGACCGGCGUAUGGAGCGUUAUGUUCAAGCAACCGCAAUUGCAAAUUGGAAGAGACUAUACACCCCUACCGCCAAUAUCGCUAAACGACCAAGAUGAGCAGGAAGGGUGCCUCCGGUUCUUCAUUCGGAAAGACCCGUUCGGGGAGGUAUCGCGGUAUCUGCAUUCUCUUGAUGUAGGAUCAGCUAUUGAAGUGCGCGGACCUCGAAUCGAAUGCGAAAUCCCCUCGGAUACUCGGCAGAUUCUCUUUAUCGCGGGCGGUACUGGAAUUGCUCCGGCUUUGCAGGCUGGACAUACGCUCCUACGCCGGACAGACGCGGACCACAAGCCGAGGCUUCACAUUCUCUGGGCGAAUCGAAGACGGGAUGACUGCCUGGGGGGUUGCAACGAUAGUUCGGCAAUAGACGAAGUCCAGCAAAGAUCCUGGUUUUCUGGUCUGUUCAGGUCAUCAAAACCCAGCAGUCCUCCGCCAGCAGGUCCGACACAGGAUCCGGCGGCCACGUCGCUCAUGGUCCGCGAGCUUGAGGCUCUCAAAGCUCGAUAUCCGGGCCAAGUUACGGUUGACUAUUUUGUGGACGAAGAGAGUUCGUUCAUUGAGAAGAAAUCCAUCACGAGAUUCACCGAUUCCGCCUCCUCCAAUGGGCCUCCCGGCGGUAAAAUGAUUCUCGUGUCAGGACCGGAAGGCUUCAUCAGCUAUAUGGCAGGACCAAAGCUGUGGGCGCAGGGGAUGGAACUCCAAGGUCCACUUAACGGAGUUAUCAAGGAACUCGACCUGCAAGAUUGGGCUGUUUGGAAGCUUUGA